GCUGUCACCAUCUGCAGUGAUCAUGGAGCCCCUGAAAUUGCACUCAUGCGGGUGCCAUCUAUCCGAGGAUGGGACGUCCGCGUAACGAAGGACAGCAACGGAUCAAGGCGACCUGCCUGCAUCUUUGGACCCUCCUGGCGGGGCGGGGCCAGGGACACGGACUUUGCUAUGGGGCGGAGCUCUGACUACCCCCCCCCCACACACACACACACGGUCCGGGAUACAGCUGACCGUGACGCGCAUCUCUGCCAGCGGCCAGGGGUUCCGGCUCCGUUCUUGGCACGGCUUGGAGCGCAAGGGGCGGCAGGCGCGCAGCGUUGCGCACGGGUCCGCGGGAGAAAGAGGAAGGAUCCGGGGCGCGUCUGGCUGCUGGGAAUCUGCCUCCCGAGGAGGAGCAGGAGCAGCGGCGUCCGCCUCUUCCUCCGACCAGCAGUGCGAGGAGCCGGCGAUCGCGGGCGCAAGAUGCGCGCCUAGGCUGCUGCUGGCACCCCCUCCUCCUCCUCCUCCCUUUUGCGCUCCGGGCGCAAGAAGCGCGCGAUGGCCGCCGCGGAGGCGCUGGCGGGUCUGGCGGUGGCGCUGGGCCUCUAUGCCUUGCUCUAUUACAACUUCAUCAAAGGGGCCACGUGCAAGAACGAGACCAGCCUGCGGGGCAAGACGGUGCUGAUCACGGGUGGAAACACUGGGAUUGGAAAGGCAACGGCUCUGGAUCUGGCCCGGAGGGGAGCCCGCGUCAUCCUGGCUUGCCGUGACAGAAGGCGAGGAGAAUCUGCCGUCUAUGACAUCAGGAGGGAAAGUGGGAACAAUGAAGUUCUCUUCAUGAGCCUGGACUUGGCCAGCUUCAAGUCAGUGAGGGCUUUUGCAGCGGCUUUCUUGAGAUCUGAGCCCCGCCUUGACAUUCUCAUCAACAAUGCAGGUGUCGGGUCUGGAAGCCAAAGCGAGGAUGGCUUCAAUUUGGUGUUCCAGGUGAAUCACUUGAGUCAUUUCCUUCUGACUCACCUCCUCCUCGAGCGGAUGAAGCAGUGUGCGCCCAGCCGUGUGGUGGUGGUGGCUUCCAAAGCACAUCAAACGGGGAAGAUUGACUUUCAGAACAUCCACAAGCCAGUGGAAGGGCACUUGGCAGGGUUCCAAUCGUACUGCAACAGCAAACUGGCCAAUAUAUUGUACACCCGGGAGCUCGCCAAUCGACUGGAAGGGACGAACGUUACCUGCUACGCGGUCCAUCCAGGGCUUGUUAAAUCAGAUUUUUUCCGUCACAUUUCGGUUUGGCUGAAGCCUCUUUUCCUCCCCAUCUGCUGGCUCUUCUUCCGAGACACGACAAAUGGAGCUCAGACAUCCAUCUACUGUGCCACUGAGGAAGGCAUUGAGAAGUACAGCGGGCGCUAUUUUGCCAAUUGCAGGCUGCAUGACCCGAAGCCACAUGCCCGGGAUGACGCCGUGGCCAAGAAACUUUGGGAAGUCAGCGAGAGGAUGGUGGGGCUGGCGAACUAGGCUGCGGUGUUUUUCAAAGAGGGCUCACCUCCAUAGAACGGGUGCCUGUGCAGAACCAUCCAUGAAA